UAAAACACUUCCAAGUUGAGCUGAACCUGUUUGCUGUUGGCUCUUCGUUUGUUGCUCAGUGUUACGUUUAAUUCUUUUUUGUUCCUCUACAUUUAUUGGGGAUUCCCAAAGCAGAAUCAACCGGUGAGAACAGCAAAAGAAGUUAUAAUCUUCGCCGUCUGAGGUCGGUGAGUGUUUUGUCCGAUUUUUCCGGCUGACCGUGGAGGCAGCGCCGCUACCUGUCGGUCAGGUCCAGCUGAUGGUGAGUCAGAGAGGCGUCGUCCUGCCGCUGAUCAGCACAUGGAGCAACAGCGGGAUAAAGUAUUUCUGUUCCCCCAGAUGGCAGCUCACACCGCCGGUUUGACAUCGAACCAGUCUGGAUGGAGGAACUUCUAAAGCGUGCGUUAUGGCCACUGAGAGCAGUGUGUGGAAUACCUGCAACUACAACCACAAUGUCACCUUUUUCUACGACUUGGUGGGUAAGAAUAUCAGCGUAGGGUGGACUCCGCGGGACUCUGUGGUCAUCGGACUGGGCUUGACUCUAUGUGUUAUUGUAGUCCUCGCCAACCUGAUGGUGAUGGUAGCCAUCCUCCUGAACCGUCGCUUCCACUUCCCCAUUUACUACCUUCUGGGCAACAUGGCCGCAGCAGACCUGUUUGCCGGAGUCGCCUAUGCCAACCUGAUGUUGAACACGGGCCCCUGGACCAGAAUGCUCACCAAGGAGCAGUGGUACAUCCGCGGGGCUUUGAUCGACAUCAGCCUGACAGCCUCCGUGGCCAACCUCCUAGCUGUCGCCGUGGAGCGCCACCAGACCAUCAUCACCAUGCAGCUGCACAGCAACAUGACCAAGCGGCGUGUGGUGCUGCUGAUAGUCUGCAUCUGGGUCACAGCUAUCAUCAUGGGCCUGGUGCCAUCCACGUUCUGGAACUGUGAGUGUGAUCUUGAGGACUGCUCCACCGUCGCUCCCCUAUACAGUCGCCGCUUCCUUAUCUUCUGGGCAGUUCUCAACCUGCUCACUUUCUUCAUUAUGGUGGCAGUGUACACCCGUAUCUUCAUCUAUGUGAGAUACCAGAGCCGGUCUAUGUCUCAGCACACGUCAGAGAUGCGACACAACCAGACUGUUGUCAACCUGAUGAAAACAAUCUCCAUGGUUCUGGGUGCCUUUGUAAUCUGCUGGACGCCUGGCCUCAUGACUCUCUUACUGGAUGGGCUUUUGGGUAAAGCCAGCCAUGCCAACAGCUAUGAGAAGUACUGCUUGGUGAUAGCAGAGUGCAACUCUCUGGUCAAUCCCAUCAUCUAUUCUCUGCGGGACGACGAGAUGCGGAGGACAUUCAAGUGGAUCCUUUGCUGUCUGUGUCAGAGAGGCGCUCAUCAGCAGAGGGAGCCUUCGACUGUCGAGAUUAACUCUCCGCUGCCAGAGGAGACUCUUGGCUUUGUCCAGAAGUCAGCGGCUCAGGCCUUAUGUAAGACUCAAGACACCAACGACAAAGACGGUUGGACAGAUCCCAGGGUAUGAUGCCACUUCAGAAACAUUGUAAUCUAAGCAUUUGUUAUUCAAGUUUUCUGCUGGACAUUACACAUUUUCUACAAAGCUCUUUCCUUCCAUGUUUACUUUUUGAAACUGAAUAAAAAAAAAAAAAAAAACGGCUGAAAAAGAUUUUCAUCAGCAUUGGAGAAAAGUUUUCAUUUCUCAGCGUAAUGUUUUCCUGCGCCUCGGUGAGGCCAACAGAUUCACAUAUUAAUCAUAAGAUGGUGCAAUCUCUCCUUUUAUUACAUUUGACUAUCACAAGAGCAUUUGUGACAAAUUAUAAAAUGAAACACUCCUAAAAUCUGAAAUCAAAUACUGAAAAAUCACACUAAAUCAUUUUUAUUAAUUUUCUAAUAAGAACACUACAAUUUGUCAUAUUCUUCCUUUUGUUUUACUCUUUCUAGAACAAUUCUAAAGUUGAGGUAUAAAAGGAGUUCAUACAGACUCACAAGUCUGAAAACAGUGGGGGUUAUAUACAAGAGAAAUGGAAAGACAGAGGUAGAGAGAGGGGUAAAUACAAGGGAAAGAGGGGAGAUACAAAUAUACUAAUAAAAAGAAAGAAAUCAAAAAGGUUUAAGGAGCCAUUUGGUGCUGUGGAUGUCAUUUAGUCACUUGCACAAUUCAAACAAUCGUUAAACGUGAUUUACAAGAGGAAAUAAAAUUUGGUUCUGUAUUUUAGAUAUAUAGCUCUGAUGCAAAAUUACAGGGGGGCAUACAGUAAAUACCGGCAAUGAGUACUUUGGCAAGGAUGUUUUUUGCUGUACUAAUCUUUGAGGUGAGUGGCAGGAGUUUCACAUGGAAACUGAAGCAAAGAUCAUCUGCUUAAAUGUAAAUAGCGGUCUUUCCUACAGGUUUGCCUGUUCCAAGCUGAAACAAGACUUAUAAUUUAGCUAUUUGUCAAAAGAAAAUCAAACAAUUAAGCAAAUGUACUGCUAUCAUAUUUUCACAAUCCUAAUGAUUUAAAUGGUUUUUUUUAGAAUUAAUUGAAAUUCAGGUUUCACAUUUAGCUGAUGUGGAGGUCCACAAGAUAAACUUCAGUUCAUAUAAUUAUCUUUGCAAAUUGAAAUUUCAGAUUUCAUGGAAUGAUCUGAGCAAGUUCGAUUUAAAUAUUUGGAAAGGUGACUAAACAACUGAGGAAGUGUGGAAACUUAUGGGGAAUCAAAUGGGAAAAAUUACCAAAAUAAAAUCUAAUAAUGUCCAUAGGAGAAUACAAUUCUCUUUCCACAGCACCAAAUGCUGCAUCUGUAAACCCUACAUUGCAACCCGGUUAUGUAACAAAAGACCUAAAUAAUAUUCAAAACUGAUACAGAGUUAUUGUGAAUCCUGUGACACAGAGGCCAAAAUAAAACUGGCAUCUCAACGAAACAUCAAAAUUUAUAAAAGAAAAAAAUACUGAAA